AUGGCGGGGAUUUCGUGUCAGGGCUAUUGUCGCGCGGGGCUUUCGUCGCGCGGGGACCCCGUUACAAACCCAGAGUUGGCGGCACAAGCCAUUUUUAUUGGGGAGAAGAACGAAGAAAUACUGGAAAUUUUGAUUGGUGAUAUUCUGGAAGCCGAUGCACUGGAAACUCUGCCACUCGUAGCCGAGGACUGUGGAGAAGACGAAAGUGAUUUUGAGUUCGAAGACAAGAUCGAACGAGGGAUCGCAGACUUGCGAGGGAUCGUCGGAGACGAGGUCAACAUCGAACGCCUACAUAGGGAUGAUCCAUUUGAUUCGGAAAGAGUGAAAAUCUUACUCUUUGGCAAAGCUGCUCAUGGAAAAUCGUCUCUUGCCAACUUCCUCGUGGGUUUGCCUUCUGAUGGUGUAGUAGAAGUUGGAGAUGAGAAUGAUGAUGACAACAUUGUACUGGAAACGUACAAGCCCAAAACAAAUCCACGGAAAACACAAAGGAAAUUUGAAACACACAAACUUGAGAGAUUUUGGCAAGCAGAUGUCACAAAACCAGUACAAAUUGUAGACACAGUUGGUUACGACGGAAUCUCAGAAAAUGAAAUUUUCACUGGCUCCACUGUUGAAGCACUGAAAAAGGAGCGAUACUUCCACAUGUUCAUUUUCAUCACAACUGGAAAUCUAACCUUCGCAGAAGAUGACCACAAGAUGUUCAAUGUACUCACGCAAACUUUUGGCACCGGUUGGCUGAAAAAUGUAGCAGUGAUAGUGAGUUCUUACGUCAUUGAUGGCAACAAGCGGGAGGUUGUCAAAGAUGCGGUUUUAAAAAAGUUGAAUCCGUUGGUGAACAACGAGCCACCUUUUAUUUUCCUGGAUCCCCAUCACACAGAAAAUGAUUAUAGGGAAUCGUUGAGAAAACCUUUGGAGAGGUUCUACGAGAAAAUCCAUUCCUUUUCACAUCGUCCAAUUGUGGAACUCGGUUUGGCCGAUCACCUUGUCUCAGAUUACGCUGAGCGAGAAAAUUUCUUCAACGAUGAGAUUGAAAGACUGGAGGAGGGAAAAGAAAUUGAUGAGCGAAAGAAAAGAAUCAUACGCAAGCAAAUACAAAGGCUGAGAGACAAACGCAUGAGACUUCAACACUCCCUGGACCAAAUUGACCAUGGAUCAAUUCACUGGUUGUCUCAGGACCGGGACGAAUUAUAG